AUGAAUAGAAAUACGACUAACCAUAAGAACACGAAUUCGAGCGCUAGUAGAAAUGCUGGCGUACCGGAAGAGAGAGGCCAUCUGAACAAGAGAGGCUUGAUAUACUGGACCAACCCUAGGAAGUCGGGUGCAACCUUUGCUGCCACUCUAGUAGGUUUAAUUGUCUUCAGAAACGUCAAUAUUAUUUCAGUUUUACUCAAGAUCGGGUACAUGGUCUUAUUCACAAGCUUCGCGGUGGAGCUAUCUACGAAGAUACUCUUUGAUCAGGGCAUAGUGUCUAGGCUGGGAAUGAAAGAAUCUCCAGACGUUGUUGGGUUCUUGAGACCACGUAUUGACCGUGCAUUGGACCACGUGCCUGCGUUGCAGGAUAAGAUCAGAAAGUUGGUGUUUGCAAACAGAACAAGAAACAAUCUAACCAUUGGUAUGUCUCUAUAUUUCUUGCACGGGCUUUUUGCCAUUUUUUCCAUGAACACUGUUCUGAUGAUGACCACCAUGCUACUUUACACCGUACCUUUGAUCUACGACAGAAAACAGGAAAGAAUUGACCGUGCUAUUGACAGAGUGAAGAACAUGCUCGUCCACAGAUUCCACAGAAACUACUCCAAGGUUGUCGAAAAGACCGAACCAUACAUUGACAAGAUUAUUCCAGCUCAAAAUGAUCAAGACAGCUACUCAACCUCUGUAAGCGGCAAGGAUAUCUCUUCAACCUCCCAACGCAACAAGGACAGCUUCCCAACAUCUCAAAACGGCAAAGACAUAUACUCGACUUCUCAGCACAGCCAAGGAACCUACCCAACCUCUCAAAACGAGGCCAGUAGCACCCUAAAAUCUGGCAAACAUGAACUACCAUCAGAAAAGGACUUCAAAAACAGACACGGAGACUUUAGCAAGCCUGACGUCAAGACGUACGACCCAAGACAAAUGGAUAUCGAUGCAGAACUAGAGGCUCACCAGCGUGAAAUAGAACAAAAGCUAAGGGAAGGUGAUUAUAAUUUAGUAGGAAGCAAGGAAAUUCCGGACCCAAUCACCGUACCAGCUCCUGCUCAACGCACCGUUAUCCCUAACGAAGAUAAGCCAUUCCCUAUCAGCAAAAACAAUGAAACCUUACAACAAAAGAGUACUCACGGUUUGAAGCAGAAAUUGCAACAUGCCUAA